AUGAAGUUCGGAGAUUACCAGGCUUUGCCUCCUCACGAUGCUGAAAAAGUUCCAGAUGUCGUGAUGCUUUCCCUGCUGGACUCGACGGCUCUUCUGGUCGGUGAAUUAGAAACUUUUUGGACUCUCUUGCUGGAAAAUCAUCCCAUCCGCAGAGGGUUUCCUGUCUUGAUACCUCUGCAACCACAUCUCGGUCAACUCAUAUCGUACAUGCGGUCUUCCAACCUCAGAUUCGGAUUUUUGUCAACAUAUCGAAGCACUGUGUUUGUCCGCAGGGUUGCCACGUUCAGAUUUGAAAUGUCGAUGCCCAUCAGCGAGAAGUCUACGAACCCAUCUAUCCGACGAUGUGUUGCGGCUAUGGCUUUAUUUGCUUCUCAAGAUCCAACGUUCAUCGAGCCCCCAGACUUUAUCGCUGAGCAAUUGUCCAUUUCAGCGGAUGUGUUCUGUCAAGCAUCGACCCGCCCGUCCCCCUUCGGAAAUCAGAUUGCAGCAAAACAAAACACCCCAGACGAAGAUAUAGGAUCCCAGAGUAUUCUUUUUGGGGCUGAUAACCGCAUUGCGACGACAUUGGGCAACUGCAAACGCCUGAUUCAUGGAUCAAAGCACAAAGCUGUUUACGAAGUCACCUGGGAUGGCCAGCCAGCAAUAGCCAAAUGCUGGUCUCCCUCAUACUACCAAAGCUACGCACACGAAGCCAUGACUUACGAAAAUAUUUACGCGAAAAGACCUCAAGGCUAUCGCUUUUUUGCAAUGAUGCUAAGCCACGGGACCAUCUCUUGCUCUUCACUGUUUCCGAAGGGAAAUAUACUUAUAAUGACAAAAGUACCGGGCAAGACUCUUAACGAACUUUGGGAUACUAUUUCUGGGCUUGAGAAGGAACAUAUCCGCUCCGAAGUCUUUAAAGCUGUUCGUAUACUCAGAAGCUUCUCAGUUUUGUCCGUUGAUACUGGCAAGCAUAAUAUUCUCUACCACCCGGAAACACGUUCAGUCACCAUGAUUGAUUUUGAAAUUAUGCAAGCUUGCGAAGACACUCUGAGCCCCGACAUGCCAGAAAUGUACACCAUCUUCGGCGAAAUGCCUGUUCCCACCCUGACCUAG